CUUGGAUUGCUCCGAGGGUAGGGGUUGGUUUAGGGCUGUCAGGCUCAGCUUGCCUGCUCAGCACUUUCUGGAGCCUCCUGCUCACCAAUGAGGAAGUUGAAAGCGACCAGGAGAUCGCAGGCACUGGGGCGGAGCUCGUGGCGAAGCCCUGGGCUAGGAUGAGUGGGGGCAGGCUGACUCUCCCAAUGACAAAAAGCCUUUUGUCCCUGGGAAUAAAUACGGAAGUCCCAGAGGGGCAGCCUCACCAGUCUGUGUGUAGUAAGGUGCGCAGCCUCGGCUGCUCCUGGGCGUAAAGCUCUGCGGACUUUUUCCAGUUGCCCCAGGCGCACCAUCACCGCGCAAACCGGAAGGAGGGCGCGGGAAGGACCAGAGCCAGGCCAAGUGUGCUUGCUCUGUGGCUGAGUCCGAGUGGCAGAUUCUGUUGCUCGCCGUUCUGGAAGUUAAGAGCCGAUGGAGCGGAGAAACUGAGAGAGCGGGGGAAGGUAACAGAAGUCAGAACUUCCACUUGGGGCACUGCUGGGACAUGGAAGACCUUGGUGACGCCCUCAAUGGCCGUGAUGCCUCGGAACCAGGACAGCCCGAAGCUGAACUUGACAUGGCCCAGUCGAUCCUGAGCAAGUUCUCUAUGAAAUCCCUGUUUGGGUUUACGAGUAAAUUGGAGUCAGUGAAGCCUGAAGAGGAUGAUGCGGUGUUGAAAGCCUUCCGCAGUGUAGUGGCAGAUUCCACGCCUCUGCUGGUGGAGCCCAGCAGUGGCCAGGAUCCACCAGAGACAGAGGCUCGGGUUCCACCUGACUUUGAACAUGAUGGGAAGGCUGCAGGGGUAGAGAAGGAGUUGGAGGGAAGUCAGAGAGGAGCAGAGGCAGGGAUUCCUCUCCCUGGUCAAGUUCCACUCGAUUCUGUGAGUGUGAGUGGAGACAAUGUCGUUUUGGUUCGUGGGACCCUGGUGAACACCACCAGUGAUUCUGACUCAGAUGAUGGAGGCCAGGAGCCGGAAGAGGGAAGCAACACCAAUGGCCCAGAACCCCCUGAUGUUGUUUUAUCUGAGCCAUUUGAGGAGCCCCAGGAAAAGACAGGAGAUGGUAGGCGAGAUGUUGCCGCUGGAGAAACUGGUACCACUAGUGAUGGAGACCUCUGUGGAGAAGUCCCUCAAAGGACUGCCCUGGAGAUAAGCUGCAAAUCAGAAGCUGAUGAUGGGGCCCUUCAGACAGAGCACAGCCCUGGCCAAAGACUAGCUGGAGAAGGUUCCAAAGUUCUACCGGUGGUGACAGACCAGAACUUGAGUGUUGGUGUUACUGAGAAUGCCUCUUCUAAAAAAGAAGACUCUGGAGAGAAGUCCUUCCAGCUGCCAGCAUUUUUUAGUGGGCUUCGCGUGUUGAAGAAGGGAGCUCCAGCAGAGGGUGGGGAGACCAUCACUGAAAUUAAACCAAAGGAUGGGGACCUGGCUUUGCUCAAAUUGACCCAGCCUGUCCAGAGGUCCUUAGCACAGGCAGGGCCUCAGACAGUGAAGACUGGAGAGAAAACUAACUAUCCCAAGGCCCCUCCCACUCUCCUGGAGCAGCUUUCUCAGCUGCUCAACAUUGAUGUCCCCAGAGCCGAACCAAAGGUGGAAGACCCUGAGCAGCCCAGGGGAGCAGAGAUGGGCUGCCAUGCUCCUGGGGAGAGCGAGAGCAGCCCUGGAGAAGCCCAAACCCAGGGGGGAGAGGUCAAGCCAAAGCCGCCAGAGACUGCCUUGGAGGCCUUUAAAGCCUUAUUCAUCCGUCCCCCCAGAAAGGGGACCACAGCUGACACCUCUGAGCUGGAAGCUCUCAAGCGCAAGAUGAGACAUGAGAAGGAGUCUCUAAGAGCUGUGUUUGAGCGGUCGAGAUCAAGGCCAGGGGAUGGCUCUUCGGAUUCCAAAAGCCCUGACCACAGCCCCACCGAGCAAGAUGAUAGGACUCCCGGCAGACUCCAAGCCGUCUGGCCGCCCCCGAAGACAAAAGACGCAGAAGAAAAAGUGGGAUUGAAGUACACUGAAGCAGAAUACCAAGCUGCUAUUUUACACUUGAAGAGGGAGCACAAAGAAGAAAUUGAAAACUUGCAGGCUCAAUUUGAACUCCAAGCCUUUCGUAUCCGGGGUGAGCAUGCAGUGAUAACAGCAGAACUGGAGGAAACCAUUGAAAAUCUCAAAUACGAGAUAGAACACCGAUGGCAAGGAGGAUGUGAAGAGAUGAGAGAUGUGUGUGUUUCCACCAAUGAUGACUGCCCUCCAAAGACCUUCAGAAAUGUGUGCAUCCAGACGGACAGAGAGACGUUCCUCAAACCCUGUGAAGGGGAAGGCAAGACAACCAGAAGUAACCAAAUAAUACCCAAAAAGCUGAAUAUCUCUUCUUUAAGCCAACUUUCUCCUCCAAACGACAACAAAGACACCCAAGUACCACUUCAGUCUGCGGAAGGCAUGUCCUCGAGUCAGCAGAAGGCACCACCUCCCCCUCCUCCACCACCCCUACCUGUAGCCAUCCCUCCUCCUCCUCCCCUCCCACCUGGACUUGGACCUUUGCCACCGGCACCUCCGCCACCACCUGCGAAUACUGGACCUCCACCACCUCCGCCACCUCCUCCGCCUCUGAGUGCUGGACCCCCCCCACCUCCUCCACCCCCACCACUUCCUAACACCUCCACUCUGCCGGACAGCAAGGGGCCACCUCCUGCUCCAGCACCCCCAGGACUUGCCCCCCCACCCCCUCCUGGACUCUUCUUUGGUGUUGGCCCUUCCAGCCAAUGUCCUCGGAAACCAGCCAUUGAACCCAGUUGUCCCAUGAAGCCACUCUACUGGACUAGGAUACAAAUAAGUGAUAAGAGCCAAAAUUCUACACCAACCUUAUGGGAUUCCUUAGAAGAACCUGAUAUUCGGGAUACCAGUGAAUUUGAGUAUUUGUUCUCCAAAGACACAACUCAGCAGAAGAAAAAACCUCUAUCAGAGACCUAUGAGAAAAAAAACAAGGUCAAAAAGAUCAUCAAGUUAUUGGAUGGAAAACGAUCUCAAACUGUGGGAAUCUUGAUAUCUAGUUUGCAUUUAGAAAUGAAGGAUAUCCAGCAGGCCAUCUUUAACGUGGAUGAUUCUGUGGUAGAUCUGGAGACCCUGGCGGCCUUAUAUGAAAACAGAGCCCAAGAGGAUGAACUCGUUAAAAUAAGAAAGUAUUAUGAGACAUCCAAGGAGGAAGAAUGGAAGCUGCUGGAUAAACCUGAGCAAUUCUUACAUGAGUUAGCCCAGAUUCCUAAUUUUGCUGAGCGUGCCCAAUGCAUAAUCUUCAGAUCUGUCUUCUCGGAGAGUAUCAGCGCCUUGCACCGGAAAGUAGAGAUCAUCACACGGGCUUCAAAGGGCUUGCUGCACAUGAAGAGUGUGAAGGAUAUUUUAGCUCUCAUUCUUGCUUUUGGAAAUUAUAUGAAUGGAGGAAAUAGGACUCGCGGACAAGCAGAUGGAUAUAGCUUAGAAAUUCUGCCCAAACUCAAGGACGUCAAAAGUCGGGAUAAUGGGAUUAAUCUGGUGGACUAUGUCGUGAAAUACUACCUGCGUUACUAUGAUCAGGAAGCAGGAACAGAAAAGAGCGUUUUCCCCCUGCCUGAACCACAAGAUUUCUUUCUGGCCUCCCAAGUCAAAUUUGAAGACCUUGUAAAAGAUUUGCGAAAACUGAAGAGACAACUAGAAGCAAGUGAGAAACAGAUGGUGGUGGUGUGUAAGGAGUCGCCUAAGGAAUAUCUGCAGCCGUUCAAGGACCGACUGGAAGAGUUCUUUCAGAAAGCCAAAAAAGAGCAUAAAAUGGAAGAAAGUCACUUGGAGAAUGCACAGAAAAGUUUCGAAACAACAGUUGAAUAUUUUGGGAUGAAGCCAAAGUCUGGUGAGAAGGAGAUCACACCCAACUACGUGUUUAUGGUGUGGUACGAGUUCUGCAGUGACUUCAAGACAAUUUGGAAGCGGGAGAGUAAAAGCAUAUCUAAAGAAAGAUUGAAAAUGGCUCAGGAAUCAGUCAGCAAGUUAACAGCAGAGAAAAAAGUGGAGACAAAGAAAAUCAACCCCACGGCUAGUCUGAAAGAAAGACUGCGUCAGAAGGAAGCCAGCGUGAGCACCAACUAAAUGACACAGGAAAACGAUGACAGCAAGACGUAUGUUACAUCACAUAUGCAAGAUCCUUUGUAACACCAGUGCUGCAGGAAGGUCUUGAAAGAUAUGUCACCAAGUGUUUAUUUUGCACAUCUCUUUCUGAGGUCAUCUGCAGUGAGCACCCGGUGCCUUCUUAAAGAAGUCCCUUGUUAAGCCACAGGAACAAUGCAAAACUGUUUAACAAGUAUUUGAUAACUGUUUCCUGUAGCGAUCCAAAGUCUGCUCUAAGACCAGAAGAAUUACCCAGAUUUUCCAGUUUCCUUUAAAAGCAGAGAUUUCAACCUUUCUUACCCAAGCAUGAUAUAUGUAAGCUUGUGGCAGGAGAAGGAGCUUUUAUGCCAGUUGCCUUGAGCAAGUUCAAGCCCAGGUCUUUGCACACUUAUGGUUUGAUUAUUGGCCUUAAUUUUUAUCCUAUCGCAGCAGGAUCCUGAAGCGCCCUUUUCACCGAAAGUGUUGAAACUUAUCAAAGCCACUUUUUUAAGAGGUCGAAGACUAUUUCCUAAGCUUGAGAAAUGGUUAUUUAUUUCCAUUUUUUCAUAAUGAAAGGACAGAAAAUGGACUUCUACAUGGAUGGAGAAGGGGGUUAAAUAGCCAUAAAUUUCAUCCUGGAGAACAUAUUGUGAUACAGGGAGUUGGCAUCAGCCAUUGAGCGAGACCCAUUCUUUUGUUUUCAUAUCAGUUCAUUACAGACUCCUGGACCACUAGGGAUUCGCCACCCCUUCUGUCCCAGAAGAAACUGUGAUACCUGAGCCGGGACAGACUUGAGGUCAAAGCACCUGCUUGGACAAGUGACCCAGUAUCAUUCAGGGCAUGUUUCACAUGUCUGAGCGUCUGUGAGUAGAUAAUGCCACACUGACUGGCAGCUGAGCUGUACACCAUGUUCUGCGACCGUGUGCAGCUGGAGACCCCUCCCAUGAACCCCAAGAGGCAGUUUCUAGACAAAAAACCAAAUGCUCUUCUCAGCUCUUUAUCAUGACCUUGACUGACAGCCAUGUGACAUACAGUGAGGCAGGAGUUUGUAAUGUCAAAAAAGUUAGGGCAGAAAAAACAUUCUUUAUGUCAAAAUGGAAAGAAGGCAAUUAUGUUACUAUUGAACUUGGGGUGAAAUAACAUACUCAGACAGCUUUUUCUGACCUUGGAAGCCCGUGUGACUACUGCCUCUUGAGUCACAGGGAAACCACCUUGGACCUCUCUCCUGACACUCUUUCCUUCAGCUAUCUAUCACUUUUCAAAUCUAUCUUGGGAGGGGAAAAGAAAGGAGACUCGGGGUAAAUUGAGAUGAGGAUCAAAGCUUAUUAGGUUUCAGCCUUGAUAGGGGGAGAGCUUUAUCUCCUCCAGCUGGUGAAGGACAGAGAUGAGCAGGUGCCAUGUAGUCAUCAGCCCCCUCAGGGACCCCAUAAUAGAUUUAUCCAAUUAAAGUGGCCCUGUUCCCUAAUACAGUGCCUAUCCUGGGAAUCAAGAAUGCACAGUCAGGAUCAGAUCAAGUCAUGAAGCCAUAUUCAUGCAGGUGCUAACCACCUUUUCUAACAAUUCAAAUGAAAGGAAUAUAAUAACAUGGUUUGGUUCUUUUUCCCCCAAAAUAAAAGUAUGUGACAAGCAACAUAGACGAGCUGAUAAAAACUUACAUGACUAAAAGAAGUUGCUUGUGAGCAAGAUUUUUCAUACUGCUUAGAUUAUCUUCAUUUUCACUUGACCGUGAAGAAAAACCUAAGGAAUUCUUCAAUUUAUACUUUCAGCCACCUGAUGCUCUGUGACACUCCUUGUAUUAUUAUCCUACAAAAGAAAAAGUGUCUGUUUGGCCCAGGCCUCGGGAAUCAAUUUUGAGUUCAGUGAGAGCAACAUUAAGUCUAGAUCCUUAUGGCUCUUUAAAGAUUUAAUGGGAGAGAAGGGCAGGAGCCUCUCAGUGGGGUCCCAGUAGCCCACUUCAGGUCUCUAAGUGGGAUGCUCACAAGAAAAUCACUGGAGGAAAGAAGGGCUGUCACUUUAUAAAAAAAGCAUACUUUCGGGGAACCAGGGCUGAAGAAUGACGAGUGGAAACACUGAAUUUGAGAGUUAGCCAAAUGCAACCCAAGUUGGAUUUCAUCCUAGUGGAUAGACUAGAAAUUGGGCGUAAAAUACCUAUCUCUAAAGAGAUAAAAAGCUUGCCUCCCUUGCUUGGGGAAGCCUCGUGGGUCCAAUGGAGCAUUAGUGUAUUCAGACACCAUGGCAAGAUCCCCAUUAUUCUCAUCUGCAUCGAGUUUGAAUCCUAUAUCAUGUAUCGAGAUGGCCCUCCUGAGUCCGCUCCUGGAGCACAUCGUGCCUGCACCUUCAUUUCUAACUUGACUUGAUUCUUAGUAAAAGUUCCUAAGAAUUUGUUCAAGGUGGGCCAUAUAAAACAACUCAGAGGCCCUGAGAAUGAUCCCUCCAAAAUUCAGGCGAGAUUGUUAACUACAACAGGUGUAAUUAAACUUUUCUCGGGGAGGAAGUAGUUGGAGUACUGCUUGGCAGCUUGGGUGCUUUUGGCUAGCAGAGUUGAAGUGGCUGUUCUAAGCACAGCUCUGCCUGAAUUAGAGGGCCAGUGGCCAAUAUUCCUGCUCUGCCUUUAGCCAGACAUUCACACCUGGCUUACUAGUCAGACUUGGAGAAACCUUGACUUAUAACAACAUUGUCUCUUCCUAGCCAAGAUUCAUUAAGUCUGAGGACACGGAGGAUAGCAGUUCAGAUUCUUGCAGGAGUAACCAGCAUAAUCAUUGAGUGCACUAUAUACAACAUGAAAGCAGGAUAUUAACAUGUUAGGUAAAAAACACGGGCCUCUGAGGCAUCAACAAUCAGGUUAGGAGGAGGUGUGCUAUAUGGCUUUUUUAACCCAAGAAGAAGCAGCUUAUGGUGAUGAAGAAAGGUGGCCAAGAAGAAAUGGAUGAUAUGAUGAUGGUGGAGGCCCGGGGGUCACAGGUGACGAACCUGCUACCCAACAGUUGCUUUUAAAUCCUUGAGUUGAUGUCUCUUUUAACAUUCACUGCAACUACCUAGGAACUAUAAAGAAUUUCUGAAAUCUAGGAAGUAGAAUAAGGAGAUCCAGUUGUGCUUUUCCAUCUUUAAAUGUUCUAGCAAAAAAAAAAAAAUGGCAACAUGGUUGAGGAAUUGAAUGUCAGAUUGGGUGCUGGUCUCUGACCCCCCUCUUCUUCCCCAUAAGGAUAGUAGAAGCUGCACACCUGCUCAACCUCUCUUGGGCACCUCCUUUUCUCAUUAGUACCAUAAGGAAAGGCAUUUCCUUAAAUGAAAAAGUCACAUGCUGCUGGUAGAGAAACCAGGAGGAAACAAAGGAAGCAAUAAACUCUUUGGUAGUAUUGGAAACCUCCAGCAAGAUGAAGAAGUCAUUCGUCUGGUCCUUCCAGACUGGAUGUAGAAGACCAUGACCGGAUGUAGCAAAAGAGAUAAGUACGUGUAUUUUGGGUAAAGAUCUGCUUGUUGGACUGCUAUCUCUAGAGGAUACCACCUGUAUGGUAGGAUUAUCAUUUCACUUCCAUUCUUGCUUUAUUGAAUAUUGUAUUUUCUCAUUUCAACUUUCUUGCCUGGUGUCAUUGAUGCAGGUCACCAUAGAUAGCAGCAUAGCAGAUAGCACCCAGCCAGCCUACAAAGGUGAAUUAGUGGUGCAGACCUACAGGCUCUUCCUCAGUAACCAGACUGUGAUGUUACCUUGGGAACCUCUUCAUUCCCUGACAUUCUAGAUUGGUCUCUUUGGUAGUACUGCUCCCCUCCCCAAACAAAGAUGAAACCAGUUUGGGGCUUUCUGAGUCAAGGGGAAGGAAGAAGUCCAAAACAACAACAACAACAAAAAUACAGCUUCCCUCCCCCUAAAAUGUCUGAUGCAAGUAUCAACUACCCAAUUUUAUAAAUUAGUUUAAAUUCUCUAAAAAUUGCUAACAAGAACUCUUCAUUAAAUUUGAGCUUCAUUUUUCUUUGAUUCUGACUGUCCUAAUCAGAAAAAAAAAAAAUGACCAAAAGGUGGAAGGGAAAGAAAAAGCAUCAGCAGACUUGGCAAUCCACACAUUAAUUCCUGUAUCCCAGAAAAAGGAAAUAUUGUGAAACCCAGUGUUGUAGAAGCCUUGUACACUAAGAAUUUGAACAGCUGUAAAGGCUGAUGCAUGUAGACAAAGUAAGGACUGUCUACUGCCCACUUGAGACUUCAGCCUAAACCAGAUGUUUUUUAGAGUGUGGAAUCAAGAGAGUCAAGAGAGUCAAGUGUUUCUCUGAACAGUUUAUUUUUGGAAAAGGCCCAUACAAAGAGAAGUGGUGUGAUAUAGUAGAAGUGCUACACCAUGAAAGUGUCCUUUCUCUGUUUCUCUCAUAAGAGCAGUUUAUAAAUGUAUGGAACAUCCAAAAAACCAUAAAUACCACAUUUCAUGUUACGCUUUUACCCUAAGAACACAACUGAAGAGAGUGGAUUGAAUAUAGAAAUGAACUUUCAUUCACGUCAACUACUUUGUUAUCCUAAAGAAACCUGCGCAAGAGAAACAAGUCCAUGUGGCCAGACUUAUAGUACUUGAAACAAAUGGCUAGUUUUUAACCUUUCCAAACUGCAAAUAACCUGUUGGACCUAUUUCCAUUUUCCAGAUAUGGAGAGAGGCAGUCUGGCUGCUUGGAGCCUUGUCUCUUAUUGGUGCAGAAGUCACUUAAAGGUACCUUUAAAAACAGGCCUCAGUGGGUCUGGCUUAUUUAGAAUCACAUAACUGUGUUUAUAACUCCAUUAAUGAUUGAAUCCAGGCAUCAACUGGGCUCAGUUACACAACCGUAUGUGCCUGAGAGGUUCAUGUUGUGUCAUUUCUGUAGACCCAUAAGUUACUGACACCUAGCUAGAGGCACUGAAUUUUAGUUUCAUGGUUCUUCUUUUCCCCUCCCAAGGGGUGGGCAAUCUACCAAACCCUCCCAGAUUAGUGCUUUGCUGAGAAGUAGUGAAUUCAAGAGAGUAUACGCCAGUUCAGUAGCCUUCUUUGUUCCAAGACCCUUCAUCAACACAGUGAUAUAAACUUAGCCUUUGAGGAAUUUGUGGAGGUGACAACUUACUUGGAAAUGUGAAGAGAUGAGAAUGGCAGCAAGCUAACUCUGUCCAAUGGGGGCAUGCAGGUUCUGCCAACAAAGAGAUCAGGGAAGGAAAUCAAGCCUCAUUCAGCAGUUCAUCCUGUCAUCAGUGGAAUUUACUGGAUUCAUUUCCUCUCUAUCCCCAGCCCUUCCCCCAACCUCGCUGGUGAUAAACAUAACAGAGGACCUUUUUCUUCUCGUCUUCCCCUCUCUGGUAUGACAGUUCAUUUUAGUCAGAGCUUAAGCAAACUCUUGCAUAUUAUGUCUAUGAGAUACUUGUUUGUGUGUAUCUUCUUCACACUAUGAUCUUGGGAAGACUGAUUUGAUCUCAGUUUUUUAUAUGAGAGUGGAAUAGCCAUUAAUUUCUUCUACAUCGCAUAUGCUCAUGGAAUUUUCUAUUUUUUAAUCUUCUCUUAAAUUAAGAAUCUCUAUCUCCUUUUCUGAAAGCUGAUUCAUAGGCUUCUCUGGGCUAUAUAUUUUUUUAAUGCUUUGUGUGCCAUUUAAUAGCACUGGGAUGGCAAUAUGCACAUGAGCCCACAAUUCCCCACAGCAGUUUGGGAUUCUUUUCCAUGGGGUAAACAACCUUCUGCCACCCUUAGGCUGUCUUGUAAGUUGAGCAUUUCCCUCAAUUCUACCUUUGGAGACAUCCAGGGGUUCUCUUGUCUUUGACACAGUGAGAAUGUCUUCAAAGAGAAUGAAUACUUCUCCCCCAUGUAGAGUGUGAGCUGCCAGUGUGUUGCCCUAUACUUAACAUGUCAAGUCAGAAAUAAAAUGGUUUCAGGCAUGUGUUCCCAGUGGUUUGUCAUCAUCUUUGGCCAAGUCGUGCAUACUUUCCUUCCUUAUUCUCUUCUAGGGCUUGCUUCCAUCCUUGUCUCAUGAAACAAAUAUAUUUUUGUUUAUUCAUCUUGGUCAGCUUUCCAAAAUGAGUGGCUAGUCCCAUAGACCCCUGGGUAUAAGGGAUAUUACUCCAAACCUCCCCAUGACAUGGAUGAUAGGUGAGAUCAGGAAUGCUCAGCUCUUUGGGAACUCUCUGGAUGGAUUUUGAAUUCCAGGUUUCUGUGAGAUGUGUAAAAACAGGUAUAUAGCAUACAAAGAUUGUGCUACUCUCCCCAGUAAGAGAUUAUGGGCUUCAAAAACUUUACAUUUUAGAUAGGUUUGAGUGAACUAUGAAUAGCUCUUUUUUUCCCCCUUCUUGGCAACUUGUCCCUGGCUAGAAUCUUAUUUCUUCACAUCUGAGCACCAAGGCAUAAAGAAAGUGGUGUCAACCCACUGCGACUACACACUUCAUAAUCUUCUAAAGAUGACCAUUUCCCUUGGAAACAAAUCCAUGGGGGAGGGGGAAGUCUAGUGACCAUUCUUGGGUAAAACGCAUAGGAUGGGGGGGGGGGUCCACCAAGGGAUAGGUCUCUUCCAAAUAGUAAUUUUACAUUUUUUCACUUUCAUAAGACACAAAUAAUAUGACCCUACUGUUAGAAGGAUAUAUACAUCUUUGAAGAAUAUAAGCAAAAAAAGGACUUCCCUUUGUAGAAACAAUCGAUAUUGCCAAAAAGGCAGAAGCUUUUAAAAUUAGAAAUUGGAUAAUUUUUAAGAUUCUUUAGAGAAAACACAUAAUUGAUUCAUCGUAGUCUUUUCCUUUCUUUGAGUUUUAAUUUAGACCAUCAUGGGAAGAGGAGCAGCCCUGGACUUUGAUUUAGGGGAUUGUGCUUUGGCCUGGAAAAUCAUUACUGGCCUGAAUGCCCAGAACCUAAGUGAAAUCAGUCAGCAUCCUAAUAGGAAUCAGGCCUAACAGAAAUGUAAAUUAUUUCAGGUCCUUUAGGGUUUAAUUUUCUUAGCAACACCCUGGGUCCUUGCUUCCUAAAAUUAAUUCGACCCGUGCAGUUAGGUAUCUUCAUUUUGCCUUGUGAGAUUGCAAGCAAUGGCGUGAUGGAGAAAAAACAGGAGAUGGGGGAGAAGGAAAAUUUGAACACGGCCAGGGUGCAAGAUUUUGCUAAUGGAGUGCAUUUUUAGGGAGUUGGUGACCAUUCCUGUGGUUGCAUCAUGGGCAGCCUUUCAGCAGAAGCUGAAGGCACAUGUGUAAGAGCAAGGAAGGUGCCCAGUAUCUCAUACUGGUCCAUACCUGACACUAUGCUGGAAAAGUAGGUACUGCAGUCAACCUGGCCUGUGUUUGCUGCAAUGACGCCAUUAAACUGCAGAUUCAUUUCCAUGGGGUCAGUUAUCCCUGGAACUUCCUGUUAAAAGUCUCAUUGGCAUAUAACUUCAUUUCACUUGUCUCCUUUCAGAGCUUCUGCAUCAACCUCCCCUUCUUUUAUACCCCACAGCUAUUUUUCCUCACUUCCGCUUUAGCUUCUCCCGGACCCAUCUUUCCCUACCCCUUCCCAUCCCUAGACACCUGAAUGUCCCCUGAGUUCUCUUGCUCUCACUACACACACACACAAACACACACACACGCAGGCACGCACGCACGCUGUGCCCCACUCCCCAGCCCUUUGGACAGGAGCUCUGCUGUCACCAAGGGAGACACAGCAUUGCGACUGUCUCCUGUUAAUGUCAGCAGCACCUCAUCACUUAGGCAAAGAGGAAAAUCCAUAAAAGAGAUGGAAAAUUACAUUUCUCUCUUUUUUUUUAAUUUUGUGCUACUUUAAGAAGGUUGAGGAGAGGGGGUGGCUCCAGUCCUUCUCAAUUUCUCAGAGAUUUUUUACUUUAAAACUGUCCAAUUAUGACCAUUCUUUUGGUAAAUUGUUAAUCAGUCCAGGUCUGGUAAAUUUUUAAUCAGUCCAGGUCAUCCACUAAGAUGCAUCAGACCCAAGUUUUGAAUCUCAAGUAACUUUUCUGUGCUCUCCUGGACAAAGUGACUUAAUUCUGUGCAAACACUUUGAAUCAUUGGCUUUUUAUUGCCCCUCAAUUCUUAAGACUACUCAUUGUUCAAACAUCUUCACAAAUCUGGAUCAGGAUGUUGACAAUCUGUGGUUAUUUUCAGAUCAAGAGUAACUAUUACACUCUUGAAAGCACUUAAAAAGAAAAUAGAAGCAUGUCCAUUUGACUUUGAAAAAAUUUUGCUUUUCUGAAUAUUAGACCAAUCUGUAGAUGUACUUUUAAAGGAUUUAAGCAACAAUGAAGACAGUUUGAGAAAUGAGAAGGCACUUUAAAGACAUGAAACCUUACAUUAUAUGCUCUUGGAUAUUUUUUAAUGUAAUAAGCUAAUUGGAUUCAGGUAUUUUUUUCCCUUU